UGUUGCUAUCUUCGUUCAACACACCUGAUCCAAUUCGUUUGUUUAUAUUUAAAGAAAAACCUUCCAAAAUAUAUUAAUAACUCAGUUUUAUGAUGUAAAAACGUUUGCAUGAAGAUGAGCAUCAUCAAAGAUGAAAUUAGUACAAAUUCGCUUGGUGAAUGCUCAAAUGAUCGAAGACUGUGGAUAGGCAACUUAGAUCCGAGAAUAACUGAGUACCAACUAUUAAAACUAAUGCAAAAACAUGGUGCCAUUGAAAAAUUCGAUCUUUUAUUUCAUCGUGCGGGUCCUACGGCCGGACAGCCAAGGGGGUAUGCGUUUGUGACGUUUAGUAAUAAGGACGAUGCAACUUUAGCCAAAGAACAACUCCACAACAAGCAAGUCGGAACCAAAAAUAUUAUAGUCACAUGGGCACACAGUAUUACGACCGAGGAACCGGAGAAGGCAAAAACCAGCAUAAACAUCCCGGCGUUGGCUAUGGCUAAAUUGGAAAAGAAAGUCAAUCGAGAAUCUCAAAUCGAAGCGAUCGAGGCCAAGCUGAAAUUAAUGGAGAAUAGAAACGUCGACGAAUUGGAGAUAAACAAAACGGUCGCAGCCGAGCCCCCAAUCAUAUCUCUAUACCAAAAUAAAAAAGCCGACUCGUCAAUAAAUAAUUGUAAUGGUACAAAACAUAGGUAUAAUUUAAAGCGGAAUGAUAGACGCCGAGCACCUUAUCACAAACACAGUUUACGAAAGUAACUUCAUAUAAUUUAUAUCGUCAUUGUAAAAAUAAAUCUUUUAUCGAUUA